UAGCAAAAUAGUCCAGAGAUGUGUAGCUAGGGAGGCAGACUUCAUCUGUCCAGAGCACAGCACCAUGUCGGAGGAUAACAACGCAGACAAGUUCAUCAAGGAGACAUCCAUUCUAGACGAGUACAACAUAAACUGGACACAGAAGUUGGGAGCCGGCAUCAGUGGACCUGUCAGAGUUUGUAUGAAGAAGACCUCUCAGGAACGCCUGGCCCUAAAGAUCCUCAUUGAUCGCCCCAAGGCCAGGAAUGAGGUGCGUCUCCAUAUGAUGUGUGCCAACCAUCCAAACAUAGUGCAAAUCCUGGAAGUUUACGCAAAUAGUGUUCAGUUCCCGCAUGAGUCCAGCCCGAGAGCGAGACUCCUGAUUGUUAUGGAGAUGAUGGAGGGUGGCGAACUGUUCCACAGAAUCAGUCAGCACAGGCACUUUACUGAAAAGAUGGCCAGCCAGGUCACUAAACAGAUCAGUCAAGCCUUGGAACAUUGUCACUCCCUAAAUAUUGCACAUCGCGACCUGAAGCCAGAGAACCUGCUCUUUAAGGAUAACUCUCUGGAUGCACCUGUGAAGUUGUGUGACUUUGGCUUUGCCAAAAUUGAUCAAGGAGACUUAAUGACCCCUCAAUUCACUCCCUACUAUGUAGCACCUCAGGUACUUGAGGCUCAAAGACGACACCAGAAAGAAAAGUCUGGAAUUAUACCUACCUCACCCACUCCUUAUACCUAUAACAAGAGCUGUGACUUGUGGUCUCUCGGGGUGAUCAUCUACGUGAUGCUGUGUGGCUAUCCUCCGUUCUACUCCAAGCACCACAGUCGCACCAUCCCGAAGGACAUGAGGAAGAAAAUUAUGACUGGCAGCUUUGACUUUCCUGAAGAUGAGUGGAGCCAGAUUUCGGAGAUGGCCAAGGACAUUGUACGCAAGCUGCUGAAGGUGAAGCCAGAGGAGAGGCUGACUAUUGAGGGAGUCUUGUCUCACCCUUGGCUCAACUGCACUGAGGCACUCGACAACGUGCUGCCUUCCGCCCAGAUGAUGAUGGACAAGGCGGUAGUUGCAGGUAUCCAGCAGGCCCAUGCAGAGCAGCUGGCCAACAUGAGAAUUCAGGAUCAUAAUGUCGGCCUGAAGCCUCUAAACUCUGUCAACAACCCAAUCCUCAGGAAGCGGAAACUGCUAGGCCCCAAGCCCAGUGACAGUUUCUUCAUUCAUGACCCAGAGAAUGGAGGGGAAGACUCCAACGUAGCUCUGGAAAAAUUACGAGACGUCAUUGCACAGUGUAUACUACCACAAGCUGGAGAUAAUGAGGAUGACAAGCUGAAUGAGGUGAUGUAUGAAGCCUGGAGGUUCAACAGAGACUGUAAACUGCUGAGAGACGGCCUGCAGGGGCUUAGCUGGGAUGGAAGAUCCUUCUCCGAUAAAGUCGACCGCUUGAAGUUGGCUGAAAUAGUGAAACAGGCCAUCGAAGAGAAGACAAAUCUCCAAGAAUCUAAUUAGCAAACGCUGUCUUUCUAUCUUCUUUUUAUAUUGUUUAUUAUGACCCUUUUUUAACCCAUAUCUGUAAAGAGGCUUUUUUUAUGUAAAAUGAUGCGCUAAUUUUUCUUUUUUUUUCUUUCAUGAAUUCACUUGCAAGACCUAUUGUACAGCUGUAGAUAUAUUUCAAAGAGGACUCAUUGGUACUAUACUUUUUUUUUAAAUGGACACUUGCAACAAACAUUGAAAAAACCUAUAUUUUCAUUUUUGCAAAAAAGAGAAAAGAAGAGAAAAAUCAGUUAAAGAAAUUAUUUUCUGGGAGGGGAUUUUGUCCAAGGAGUCACGUGUUUUAUCCCAGUUAUUUCAUUUUAUUCCAUUUUCUUUUAACCAUCCUAAGACUUUUAUUUAUUUAAACAAAGAGUUCCAUUAUUUUAUACUUUACUUGUAGCCUGCCAGUGGACUCUAGUUGAGAGAAGCUGUCUACGAUGUGACUUUGUUCUUUUACACAAACUCUUGAUUCUCAGACUGCAUUUACAUUAUAUGAAUAGUUUUUUUUUUUUUUUUUUUAGCUUUCCCUUGACCUUUUUGUUGUGUAGAGUUCAAGGCAGAGUGGAAAUUGAUGUAAAAAGAAAGUGUCAUGAAAUAGACAAAUGCAGCCCCAAAUUCAUCUCGUCACAAACCCUUUUUUGAAGCUGAUUUUGAAGCCGACUGAAUAGUCAUGAACACUAUGGCUGAUUUAGAUCAAUGUGUUUUGACAAAAAAAAUCUUCUUUAGAAGAUGCCGUGUUUCCAUAUAGGGUUGAAAGCUCCAGUUAAGUUAAAACUUUAUUGUCAAUCUGUUUCUCAACUAGAUCCAUGAAGGUUUCACAAACUCUUGAGUUCAACUCGUACAUAUGAAGUGCUGAUACUGCUUGUCAGCUUCUGAAGUUUGUAUCUGACAACUAAAAUGAAGUUAAUUAUUUUAUAUAAAGGCAUUUUUAUACGUCUUCCCAUAUCUGAUUCUGACAGGUCUUAAGUUCAGUCUUUGGUUAAAGUUGUUGAUCUGUGGAACUGGCGCAACAUGAGCUGCUUUGAUGUAAAGUUGUAUCUACUGGAAUUCAGACCAGAGUCAGUUAAUAUUUAAGUCCUUUUAAAGCAAAAGUGGUUGCUACUUAAACCAACAGAGACACAAAAACACCGAGCAUUUUUGGUGCAAUGUAGUCGAUGUCUUUAUGCCAGAAAAGAUCAGAAGAAGGGUUUCAGCCUCCACUAGCAGCAUCAAACUUGCAGUGCUACUGAAUGUGCAAUAGGGCAAUCAUUUAAUUAUGUAUUCAUAGUGUAUGCAUGUACAUGGUAGUGAAAAAAAGAUAUCAAGUAUCAAUUGUCAUUACAAUGGUCUGAAUACCAGCAAAUGCUCCCUCCCUUCGCUUAUCCUCAUUCUUUUAUUUUGUUAUUAAUAUGUCCUUGAUUAACUGAAAACAAGGCUUAGAUGGCUGAAAGUGCAAGUUCUCUUGUUGAGUGCCUGAUUAUAUCGGUAAUAAUGUUAUUUGUUUGUUUUUGAAAAUCCUCAGAAGUUCAUGAAAUUCCCCUUUGAUGAGGUCUUGGCUUUAAGCAGAACAUAUUUUCAUGUCCCGAUUACUGCAUUAACCAUGUGUUUUUUACCUUAAUGAAAAGAUAUAUAAUAUUCUGAGUAAUUAGCAAACAUUGGUGCAAUAUAUUGUUGCUGUCCAGUGACAAACUUGUAUCUCCAAUUUUGAGAUAAACUAAAGGAUCAGGUGUUCCUUUGUUGGUUGAGAACAUUUUCUUACGCUUAAUAAACCAUUUAAAAACAUAUUGCAUUAUCAGUAAAAUGCAUUGUCACACAGAUAAAAACAUGGCUGUUUUUCUUAGCUCACAAAUGAAUUGACAUUUUGGAGACAGGACAGUGAUAUGUAAGCUGAACUUUUUCACACCAUUUGUAACUGUCAUGAAGGAAAGCGUCUGUAUUAUUUAAGUUUGGCUUUAAAACAAAAAUGUGAACAAAAGCAAUCAUUACUGACAUGAUUCUGAGAGAUCAUUUUGACUGUCUUGAUGGUUUGUCUACUGUAAAAGCUUAACGAUAACCACAGCUUGUGUUUGAAAAGGCGUUAAUAUUACAUGGCUAUUUUUACGUUCAAAUGUAAAAUGUGGGCGGUAUCUUCAUCCUUUACUGCUCAGUAUAAAUUACAGGAUAAAGGGGAAACUAAAUCAUUUAAUUAGUGAUUGAUACUUAUCCUUUUGGCUGUGAUUGCUUGUUUUCAUUCCACAAAUCGGUGUAUUGGUUUGGCAACAUUUUGUUGAUGUUAAUUUAUUAUAGUUAUAAUUUUUGGGGGAAAUGAUGUCCUCUAAAAAGGAAGAGUUUCAGUGCUGGUGUCUUAUAUUUAACGGGAAAAUAUGAGAGUGGUAUCAAUCUUCCCAUCUACGCUGCAAAGCUAAUCGUAUUUUCCAAAAUGUCGAACUUUUGCUUUAAUAUGCAGCAGUCAAGUUUUUUUUUUUUUUUUUUGUUAAAUCAUACAUCAAACAAACAGUAUUGCAGAAUCAGCAGAGCCUCUCACUGGAAGUUAAACCUAUUGCUGCCGUUUUGUUUUACUUUGACCUUUGGUGUGUGCGUGUGUGCCUGUGCGUGUGUGUGUGUGCGUGUGUGUGUGUGCGUGUGUGUGUGUGCCUGUGCGUGUGUGCGCAUGCCUGUGCGUGUGUGCCUGUGCGUGUGUGCUUCCUUUAAGUCUCCUCCCCCACCCACUAUAACAGAAUGUAUAUCAUCUGCUACCUGAGUGAGCAUUAUCAUUGAAGGCUAGUUUAUUAGCAUCUACUGUAAAGUCAAGGAAUGUAUUUGGAUAUUGAUACUUCUAACAAUGAAAACCCUAAGGGAAAAAUACAGUCAUACUUAGACACCUGCUGCUGUUCAGUGCUCAGUCUGGCUCAGUGUUACUACAAAUCCCAGAGGGGCAGUUUGUUUUAAGAUGCUACCUCCCUCCCUCCCUCCCCAGCAUUGCUGCUGCAGGAGGCCCUCAGAACGACAUUCAGGCUAACGCCGCUUUAGACAUAUUUCACAAAUAUUUUAUAGCUUCCACUAGUCACUUCCACUCUCAUCUGCUCAGUAAAGUGAGACAAGAUUUCUCAUUUUAUACAAGGAAACAUUUCUUGUUCCCUACAUAGAUGCUGACUAAGGAUAAAUAGCAAAACUGUGUCCUUUUUUUAAAAUACCAGCUCAUUAAAAAUGGCCUGAAAGGGUUUAGUCAGCACUUACUACUCUUGAUAAAUACCAGUUGCUUCCGUUUCCUCUGCUGUAUGUGUACUUGUAAAGUAUGGAAAGGUGGGUUUUAUAUGUUUUGAGCCAUUCCUGUUUGUGUUAAAUCAGGAAGAAAUUUCAAGGAAAGGAAUCAUUUCAAAGUUUGGAGCCUUUUCUCUGCUUUUAAUGGUCUCUUUUUUUUUCUCUGGCCUGACAGUUAUGUAGCAUGUAACUGAAUCUCUCAUGAAAGACUUGCUGUAUUUUUGUCUACACAUCUAUUUCUUUGCCGAUUCUGUCUUCUUUGGAACAUCGUCAACAGGCUGACUUUGAAAUAAAGGAAUUCUUUGACUUUUGAA